CAAGGAUACGUCCAGACGUCCAGUUUCACUACUCGUUACGUGCCUCUACGCGCUCGUAUGUAGCGUCUAGCCAAGAUGGCGAGCUUCGUGGACUUCUUCCACAAGGGAAAGUCAUCGGUGCAGACGUUCCGGCCGAAGAAGAAGUUCGAGCCGGGCACGAUGCGAUACUCGCUGCACAAGCAGGCCCAGGCGUCACUCAACUCGGGCAUCAACCUGCGGGACGCGGUGCGGCUGCCACCGAGGGAGGACAUGAACGACUGGCUGGCUGUGCACGUGGUGGACUUCUUCAACCGGAUAAACCUCAUCUACGGCACCAUUUCUGACUACUGCACUGAGGAGAGCUGCCCCAGGAUGUCAGGGGGCCCCAAGUUCGAGUACCUCUGGUGCGACGGUCAAAAGUACAAGAAGCCGACGCCGCUGCCAGCACCGCAGUACAUUUCGCACCUGAUGGAUUGGGUGGAAGCGCAGAUCAACAACGAAGAAAUAUUCCCUGUCACUGUUGCGGUCCCGUUCCCCAGGAACUUCGUGCCUACAUGCAAAAAGAUCUUGGCCAGGCUGUUUCGGGUCUUUGUACACGUCUACAUCCACCAUUUUGACAGGCUCGUCGCCAUAGGAGCGGAGGCACACGUGAAUACGUGCUACAAGCACUUCUAUUACUUCAUCACUGAAUUUGACCUAGUGAGCCAAAAGGAGCUGGAACCUUUGACGGAGAUGACGAGGAAAGUCUGCAAGGACAUGGUUAUUCUGAGCCCUCGUCACAGAUGAAAACAAGAGGGACGGCACCAUGCACGGCCCGCCGUUUGACCCCCUCUUUGUGAUGUCUGCAAUUCGCUGCACUGUCCCUCGCCCUGGCUUUCAUCCGUGAAUGACACGUUACGUCCACUGGUUAACGCAACGUAGAUGUCACCGUAGUUACCGGUACUAUACCACCGACCAUAACGGAGUGGAAACCUCUUCUAGUCUCGCUGGCACGGACGCUGCUGGCGAAAAUUCGCACAAGCCAGAGUUGUUUUUUUUUUCAACCCUUUCACUGGCACUUCUUGCACAAGAGAGAGUGCUACCUUCCAUUUCGCUGCAUGAUUUUUUUUCAUUGCAUAUUGACGAUAUUUUAAAAGCCUCGGCCUCCUGUGUACAGCACGCGAUGGCUUUGUUAUGUAAAUAGCACGAUUUUAUUUCUCGCGUUUCUUUUUUUUUUCCCAUCUGCCUGCAAAGUUUUUCUUUUUCCCAGCGAUCAGUUUCUGUAGUGGGGCCCAUAUUCGUAAAACCUUUUCAUAAGAGCAUUUUCUGGUUGGGUGGCUCUUCAAUGCCUACCGCCCACUUAUAUAUCAGUGAUUGACAUGUUAACAAGGCAUAUCUAGAAGCAAUGCCUGUGCGAAUCACACAUAGUGGAUGCUUUUGUGAAUAUGGGCCCUAUAUUACAAAAGAAUGGAGUUUAGCUGACUGACUUGCAAAACGUAUUGUGUACACCUUACAGAUGGCUUAAUUUAAAAAAAUUUCAUUUUAUGUCUUUAAUGUAAGUCGCAUCUCCUGCAUGGAAUGUCUCAAGUGGCUGUAACAGGACUUCCCACAUAAUUGUAGGUCACGUGGAAACACUGGAACUGCAAUGUUCAGAUUGCUUUUGUGAAUCAGCAUUGCUUGAAACGCCUGUACGUAAUUACAUGCAUGCCUACUGAGUGCCUAUGGUUUGUUUGCUUUAAAUUAUGCAUAGAGCUAAUUGUUCGUGUCAAGGUGACUGCCUUCAUCUUCUAUUGCAUCUCUGCAUUGGAGCAAACCUUGAAAGAAAGCAAGCAACAAGGUCUUGGAUGUGCUUUUGUGUUUGUGGCUGACUUGCGUUUUGACCAGUGCCAUCUUGUGUAAUUGUAAACAUCUACUUGCUCUGACAAAUCUUUAUUUUGCACAGAAAGGCUCACUGCCAAAAAUUGUAGUGCUCAUGUGAAAAAUAUUAGUUAAACCUCGAUAUAACAAAGUCGGUAAAAUCAGCAAUUUACUUCGGUAUAUCAAAACUUUGUUAAAUUGAAAUUCGGCCUGUUUUGCAAAGUAUUGUCGAAGAAUUUAUUUUUACACUGAAAGUGCCCCAAGAAUGUCUGAAUGAUAAUGGUAGCAUGAAAAGAAACCUAAUUUCAAUAACGUGAAAGCACAAUCUUGUUGAACUUAGAUCCUGCAACCACAAUUUGUUGCUUUGCCAGUGAAGUUCUCUUCACGUCCUGCGUAAAGCCAAAACUAAAGCAGGUACAACGCACUGCGGCUAUACGGUAUGAUCGAAGCUAUCGCUCCAAUUAUGCUGCCGCGGCUUGUCAUCUGAACCCCACGUGUCGCUUGGAGUGGUGAGACACCGAUGCUGUCAUGUUCACCAAACUGAACAGAGUCCGGCCUGCCAGAGAAUAGCUUCUUUCUAGUUGGGGAACACAGAGAUUGAGCUUUGCGAUAUCCAUUAACAAGCGGCGACGUAUUUUUUCUCACCGAUAGAGAUCUGCAGGAUAGUAGCCUUGUCACCUUUUCGACAACACCCGUUUCCUCAACGAUUGCAUUCACUUGCAAGAUUGCUGAUAGCUUGUUGUGCUUGUUGCUACUGUCUCUAUGGCUACUUACACUCGUUACCUGACAUGCCCGCCAUGGUGGUCUAGUGGUUAUGGCGCUCGACUGCUGACCCAAACGUCUCAGGAUCAAAUACCGGCCACAGUGGCUGCAUUUCGAUGCAGGCAGAAUACUAGAGGCCCGUGUGCUUAGGUUUAGCUGCACUUUAAAGAACACCAGAUGGUCAAGAUUUCUGGAGCCCUCCACUAUGGUGUACCUCAUGAUCGUAUUGUGGUUUUGAAACCCUAACAGUUAUUAUUAUUACUUGACACACGGUGAUAACAAGAACACGAAAUUGGGCGCUGACGCACAGCAUGCGCGACAGUGUAUACAGAAUUAUGCGACGCCUGGAGAUGUUAGAUAGCGCGCGAAACGAUGUGCGAGGAUUCCCGCAUGCCACGCAUCAUUCGCGUGCUGUCUCUCUCCACCGCUCCAAAGGUGAGGAGAGAAUUGAGGUGCACCCAUUCUCCGCAUCUGCUGCCAGAAAACGUGCUGCUCUGCUCCGUUCGUCGCUGUCCGUUGCGUGGCACGCGAUUCAAAAAAUGCGUUCAGAAAAACUGCGUAGAAGUCAACCAUAUGACCACUGGAACCAGCAGAAGUGUCAAUUUAUUGCCGUGGUAGCAGUGAAACUUUGUCAUAUUGAAAUUGCGGAUAAUCUAGCUUCGUUGUAUGGACGUAAAAAAUAUGUGGCAUUCUCUGGACAUGACCUUAUAAAAACUGAAAUACUUUGUUAUAUAGAGAAUUUCGUUAUAUUGAGGUUUAACAGUAUCUUUAGUCACUGAGUCGUGUGGAAAGUGAGCAGCUCAAUCUUUUCGACGUAUACGCACAGUAGCUGAGAAGAUAACAAUAUUUUGCUUAUUCAUACUCGCUUGGCUCAUUUUGCAAACAUGCAGCAAGCUAAAACAGCACAUGUUAACACGUGGAGAACCUAUUUACUUGUGGCUGGAGCCUGUUCACUUGUGGCAGUAGAAUCUUGUUGAUACAUUCAUUUUGUACGAUAUUGCAGUGACAACAUUCGCAUUAUCAUUAACAAGCAAAACUGCGCAAUGUUUUGGUAAAUUUGGAUUAUACAUUCUCCCACAUAGCCCGUUUUUUCCUGCAUUUUUAUUAUUAUUUUUUUGAAAAGCAUAUGAACCAGGUUGUACUGUAUUUACUGUUGUAUUGUAUAAGAGUGUGUUACGAUGACUCAGUUGCCAUGGCAGCUCUGCUGCUGCGCGCAUGGUUGUGGGUUCGGUCCCCUGCUGCGAUGGCAGUAUCUUCAAGAGGCUGGAAUGGAAAAAAAACUUUCAUGUACAGAGAUUGGUAUGCUGAGAGCUUCAGAUAGUCUGAAAUUAGUUUGAAAUCCUCCUCUACACCUUCCCUCAUAGUCACGGUGUUUCUCUGGGACGUAACACACUGCCAGUUCCAAAAACGGCUCUAAAGCUGAUAUUUAACUAUGCACUAAAGCUGGCAUUUAGCUACGCUAUGACUUAAUUACUAGUAUAGCAGUACAAUUGUCAUGCAUGUUCUACCCUGUACAAAUGAAGCAUUAGAAAGUUAGGUCUGCGUAGAGCACAUUAUUUUGUUUGCACUUUCUCUGAGAAAGUCUGAGAUUCUCAGCAUUAUUUCAUGCUUGUGCACUUACUUUUAGGACCUGUGCAAUUUGCACUUUUAGUCCAUCGAAAUUGUCACUUAAGUCAGUGCCCAUAGUGCUGUCCAUCUUGAUGACUUGAACAUUGUUCACUCACAGUGGUAUGGCAGUACUGUUCGUUUUCCAGCCCAUUGUGGUUAACUUAGUGGCUAAGGUGUUCUGCUGCUAAACUCAAGGAUGCGGGUUUGAUUCCCAGACGUAUUGGCUGAAUCUCAGUGAGCGCGAAAUGCAAGAACACACAUGUACUUAGAUUUAUGGGCACGUCAGAUAAGUCCAGGUGGUCGAAAUCAAUCUGGACUGCUACCCUACUGUGAGCCCCAUUAUCAUGUCAUGGUUUUGGUAUGUAAAAAACCGCAAUUUAAGUUUUUAGUUACAGUUGAACCCUUUAUAAGAGACCCUGAUGGAAAAGACAUCAGUGUGCCUACAUUGAAAUCGGGGUUGACCUGAAAGUGAGAAUGCGGUACCCUGCUUACAAGAGACACCUCAUAUAACGAACAAGAACUGCUCCUCGGUGCGUGCCUCUUAUAGAGGAGUUUAGCUGUAAUUCUUUUUCCUGUGAAUCGGGGUACUCGGUCUUUCCUGAGCGAGAACAAUCGCAGUGUACUGCAGUCCGAGGCAUUAUUUUCUCCUUGUCCUUUUAGUUUCCCUUAUCUUCCAACUAUCUUGCACUGUUGUGCACUUUUUUUUUUUUCUAAUCUAUACCUUCCUGUAGGGCAUUCCGGUCCAUUUGUCUUUUUGUUUCAAAAGGGGCCCUAACACACACAUUCUUUAAGCUGACUGCAUGAAUGAAUGGGAUGCAUUUCAAUGAGUAUAUUCCCAUAUAAAUGGAGGUUGUCAUGAAAGUAACACUUGUUGUUCCGAUUUCCCCUCUGCUUAUCAGUUCUUCUUUGUCGGACAAGGCCAAUAGCAGUGUCCUGCCUGUCGCUUCUUCAUUUUCUUCUUUCCGUGCGGAGCGACUCCGGUAACUCUUUGAGGGUGGCAUCUGACAGUGGUACUCACGGGGGACAAAGAACCAGCAACAGGACCAUCAAACUGUGUUAACUCUGAUGCCCAAGCUAUUUGGUAUGAAAUUGCACAAUAUUUGCAUUUUUUCUGCAGCAAAUUAUUGCGUGCUAUGUCCCGAUUUGAUAAGGAUAUUGCAAAUGUAGAGAAUUCUCACAUGUGACAUUACAAAGGUCCCUACACCCAACACACCUCUUCUCUAGCUUUGCUUUACAAAUUGCAUAUACGCACAAGGCCUUUUAUAAGUGCGUGGCUGCAUGAGCCUUGUACUUUCAAGUUACAUAUCCAAAAAUGGGCGCAGUUGGUUGGUAUCUAAAAUGGUAUGUGCUAGCCUAUCCUUUUAUUUGGGAAAACAUUAUGCCACACGAAUUGCUGGACGUCUAUGGUUAUUGGCAAAUCAGUUGGCGAAAGGUUUACGAGAAAUAUCUCUGAGAAAGCUGUAUGGCUUACCUUGUAGAGAGACGGAAAGAGAGAGAGAGGGGGGGGGGGGUAUUAAGAAAGAAGGGUAUGUUAGCUUCAUGCUAGAGAUGACUGCAGCGGUUGUUAAGUGGUACAUCAAGCCCAACUCCAAUGUGAUAGGUACUGGGUUUGACUCCCAGUGCCGCUGGGCACCCGCCAGUCCCACUUUGGACACAUUUCAGAGAAUACAGAAUAACUGUCAGUGACAUCAAACAGCAGAGGUGCAUGGCAAGAUGUUAAUUCAGAAAGGUUAAGGCUAGUUGGAUGUAAGCUGAUCCAGUGUUUGUCAAAAGAAGCAGCUUGAUAAAGCUUGACUUAGACAAUUUGAUGUGUAACAUCUUAAGGAAUGGGCUUGUGUAUUAGCAUGGUGUUAUAUGCCAAUUAUAUAAGUGCAUAUAGUUAAAAAUAUCUUUAAUCUGGAAUUGCUGUCAAGCAGAGUCCUUAUAGGAACAGGUUCGUUAAGGCCGUGUCCCUUCCAUAGCGGAUGUCAUAUGAGGGCAUUAAAUUGCCGUGUGCUCAUGACUAUUUCCAAUCUUGUUACAACUACCUUCUUAACUGCAUGCUGAUCUUUGUGAUCUUUUUAUUCCUUUCAUGAAUAUGUGCACUUUCUUCUGAAGAUGAAACAAGGUCAUCAUGUGACAGCUUGUGUAAAUGCUUUGUUGGUGUUGACCUGAACGUGCAUGAUUUGUAUUGCAUACAAACGUAGUACUAAUUUGCUUGCAGAGCAUGUUUAGUUGAUGCACGUUUGCACAUUGCUGAACCGCGUAAUUCGGUUAGUGUUAGCUGAAAGCACUUUGUUAGAAAGAGUUGCGUUACUUGCUGCGACUUCUUGUAUAAAUGUACAUUUCAGAAGCUUAAUAUACGAUGCACGAUGACAUGAACCGUGUUCUUUCUUGUGAUUAUAAAAGUGGUGCUGUUGUGGUCUCAAGUUGGUAUGUUUUCUGAUAGUUGUAAAUAGUGUGUUUUAAAUGGAGGUCACAGUCUGUUCUGUACUUGUGGUGAGCUGUGUGUGGAAUGCUGAUGGCAAGUGGUGUCGCUUAAUCUUGAUAACUUGUUAAGGGUUUGGCAGAACUUACAGAAACGAAACCGCUUAGGUCUUCUUACGACUGCUUUUUAUGCCAUGAUGGACAGUAUCGAAAGGGUCACUCUGAUAAGAAUUUCUCACGAGGGAUACGUUUGUGGUGGUCGUGUGCACGUUCACUAGAUGAAAUUAGAUUUCAACUUAAGCAAUUUAUGGUUGUGUGAGUUAGCCCAAAUUGGUAAAGGUGUUUACGUGUGAUAAACACAGUUACUUCUGCUGUCUUUGUCAUUAGUGACGUCUUCCUGUAGGAUGUUUCAUAAUAGCCCGAUGCACGCACUAGGAAGUAAUUGUAUUGCCUUUUCUACGGUUUUGCCUAGACACUACGAAGAGAGCAUUGAUGAGUCUCUGCUAGGUUUAUGCUGUGAAAUUUUAAUUAACAGGUCCCAAAUGACUGGUGUUGAAGCAGUAAUUAGGUGUGUUGUGUAACAGGAGGUAUAGGCCAAGAGAUGAUACAAGUGCCAUUAUACUUUGUGACAUUUUGCACACUUUACGAGCUGAUCGAAUGCUACUACUGGGCCCUUGUAUGUGUCCGCACAAAUAGUGCUCAAGUUGCUGCCAUGAACAUAGAGCGAUUGAAAUGUAUUUUAUACACAGGAGAUGGAAUUGAAUUUUUUACGCCGACUCAGGACUGUGUAUUUUUAGCAGGUCAGCUGAUUGAAAGCUGCUUUGGGGCAGUUUAAACGCUGAGAGUGGUUGCAUUUUUCCAGUGUUUAAACUGAGAGAGUGUACAUUUUUUAGUGUGUAGUUAAGAUCUUAACCAGACAGAACUUGCCAGGAACAUGAAAAAUGAUUUGUAUAGGGCACCGGUAGACAUAAUGGCAAUUUGUUUACAUUGGCUCGUUAUGGUAGUGUUAAUGGUAUCUGGACUUCCUGUUAAUAAUGUUAAUGGACAAGUUUGAAACUGUGGUCUUGCUCGGGUGGUUAUGGUGAAAAUCGUUGCGUAGGAAUGUUGACGUUUUGUCAGGUGUUUUAACAACGGAGAAAUUUCUGUUUUGUGUUGGAGCUUUCUAACGUUGAGAAAAUAACUGAAGGCAAGCAUUUAUACAUACAGGAAUAAGCUCAUUGUGGAGCGCGGUAUGUUUUGUGGAGUGAAUAUAUGACUGGGUUGUGAAGCGGUCGCGUGAGUGAGCUUAUGAGUAAGAUGUGGUGGGGCUAUCCUCGAAGAUGGUGUAUUUCUGGAAAGUUCCUUCAAAUGCCACCACGUUGAUAAGUGCACGAUUGUAACAAUGUGAAACUCAGAUGUUGUGUGUAUCACAAGCAGUCUGUAUGCACUACUACCGUCUUUAAUGCUACUGAUGAUGUGCAACCAUUUGUUGCAGAUUUGAGAGGCACUUAGCUCAACUGCUAUGCGUGUUACGCGCAUAACAAAA